AUGGACGAGGCUUCUACAUAUGCCCAAAAACCGGGCCCCCGAGUCAACCAGGUCGGAAUCCAGUAUCUUUCCAAAGACCUACAUAAAAAGGUGUUUCCCAACCACUCCCCGGAAGAGUUUGCGAACCCGCCGAACCCGGCGUUGCUAGAGCUUGCCAGAGAGCACUUGAAGCAGUCGAAUCUUCUAGGCAAGAAGACACAGAUCACAGAGCCCAUCAACAUCCCGAACUUUCCCGACCUCGUCGGAAAAAACACGCUCGACGAGCACUUCUUCAAAAUCGGCUCCCGGUACUCGGAGCCGUACCUCAGCAUGGCAAGGAAUUUCUUUGCCGAAGACAGGAAGUUGCCUGACAUGCCCACCACGUGGCUUUUUGAAAGUGGCUGGACGCGGUACGCGCCAGGUGCAGCCCCUGAGAACGUGCCUGUUCCCCUAGAGGACGAGUUGGUGUUUGACGUGGAGGUGCUCUAUAAGAAAACUAACUAUGCCGUGAUCGCCACCGCGGUUUCGCCACAGGCUUGGUAUGGCUGGGUCUCGCCCAUAAUGACUUCUUACCGCGAGGGCGGCACGGACUGGGACCAUCUCAUCCCGUUCGAAACCCACAAAAGACCGAAGCUUUUGGUCGGCUAUAACGUCAGUUAUGACCGUGCGAGGGUGAAGGAGGAAUACUCCGUGAAACGGUCGAAAGCAUUUUUCAUGGACGCCAUGGCAUUUCACAUCGCCACCAGUGGGUUCUGCUCCCAGCAAAGGCCCUUGUACCACAAACACAAAAAGAACAAGAAAGCCGCUGAGGCCGAGCCGCUGGAAGAAGACAGCGAAAACGAGCUGUUGGACCCGGAGUUCGAUGCAGAUGAAUCGGCCAAGGAGGUGGCUCAGGGGCUUAUAGAUGACCCCUGGCUCAACAAGGGAUCACCAAACUCGUUGGCCAAUGCGGCAGAGUUUCAUUGCGGCAUCACGAUGGACAAGGCCGCCCGUGAUUUCUUCUCCAGCACCGACUUGAACGAGAUCAUUGAUAAUUUCCAGUAUCUCAUGAAGUACUGCGCGCAGGACGUCGACGCCACGUAUCAAGUGACCCAAAAAGUCUUUCCAGAAUUCUGCCGGAGAAACCCGCAUCCUGUCUCGUUUGCUGCCCUUCGUCUGAUGGGCUCGCUUUUCCUACCCACCACGAAGAAGUGGGAAAAUUACAUCGAGAGUGCGGAGAAGAUUUAUCAGGAAAAUAGAGAGCAAGUCUCUAAGAUUCUCUUGGAAAGAGUGGGCGAGCUUAUACGUUACAUCGAGGAAGGCGACGAGUCCUUGAAACCCGACUUCGAAAAGGACCCUUGGCUCAAACAAAUGAACUGGAACCUCAAACUCCCUCGGAUGAAAAAGGACGGAACGCCGGUCGCCAAUCAGGCUUUCAUGACCGGAUACCCCGAGUGGUACCGAGAUUUGUUCAAAACGGUGAAGUCUGAAACGGGCGAGUCAAGCAAGCAGCUCAAUUUGACUGUGCGUACGAGAAUAACUCCCCUCCUAUUGCGUCUCAAAUGGGAGGGGUAUCCGCUUAUUUGGACUGAUUCCGCUGGCUGGUGCUUCAAGGUUCCAAAUAAAGAGGAGAUCGUGGAGGAAAUUCUUGCAAAGAACUACCACAUCGCCAAAUUGAGCGACGAAGACCAGGAACGCAUGAUUCCGGAACUUCGUGAUGAUGGUAAUUAUUUCGAGCUUUUCAAGAUCCCUCAUCCUGCAGGCCCUAAGAGCAGAUGUACUCUGAUCAUGAGCAAGAGCUAUCUUCGUUACUUUGAAAGUGGUGUUCUCACCUCUGAGUAUGAGCACGCAGCGAAUAUUUUGAGUUUGAACGCAACCGCGUCUUAUUGGAUGGGCAACAGGAGCAGAAUCACCGAACAAUUCGUGGUUUAUGCUGAUAAAGCCGGCAAGAAAAACAAAUUUUUCAACACCGUGAAAGAAACCGCGGAACAUGAAAAUAUGGGUAUGAUUUUGCCCAAGCUUUGCACCAUGGGAACCGUGACCAGACGUGCAACUGAAAACACUUGGCUUACUGCGUCAAACAGUAAGAAGAAUAGAAUUGGCUCUGAACUCAAAGCUUUGGUCGAGGCGCCCAAGGGAUAUGUUUUUGUUGGCGCAGAUGUUGAUUCCGAAGAGCUUUGGAUUGCUUCCUUGAUUGGUGAUGCUUUAUUCAAAGUUCAUGGAGGCACUGCACUCGGGUGGAUGACACUUGAAGGAGACAAAAACGAAAAGACGGAUUUGCAUUCCAAGACCGCGGAAAUCAUGGGUAUUCUGAGAGGAGACGCAAAGAUUUUCAAUUAUGGCCGUAUCUACGGCGCUGGUGUUAAAUUUGCUACGCAAUUAUUGAAGCAGUGCAAUGCGCUGAUUGAUGAUGAGUCUGCGGUUAAAAUUGCUCAGGAAUUAUAUGAACGUACCAAAGGACAGACUGCACAUUCCAAAGUAUUUGGAAGGCGGGUUUAUCAUGGAGGAACUGAAUCUGUGAUGUUUAAUGCACUCGAAUCGAUUGCCUAUCUUGAGAGCCCAAAGACCCCUGUCUUGGGCUGCUCGAUCACUGAUGCUUUGACCCAAAAGAAUCUCAAUAAGAACAACUACCUAACUUCCCGAAUUAACUGGACUAUCCAAAGCAGUGGUGUUGAUUAUUUGCAUUUAUUGAUUGUCUCUAUGGAAUAUUUGAUUGAGAAGUUCAAAAUUGAUGCUCGUUUGAUGAUAACGGUUCACGAUGAGUUGCGGUAUAUGGUCCGAGAAGACCAAAAACUUGUUACUGUUGUGCUUUUGCAAAUUAGUAAUUUGUGGACCAGAGCUAUGUUUUGUCAACAAAUGGGAAUCAAUGAACUUCCGCAGUCCUGUGCGUUUUUUUCCGAAGUUGACAUUGAUUUUGUUUUAAGGAAGGAAGUUGGCUUGGAGUGCAUUACGCCCUCGCAUCCUGAAUCCAUUCCUCCGGGAGAGUCCUAUUCUUUUCACAAAUUGAUGCAGACCUGCGAUGUUGGAGAGAUUCUCGGGAGAAGUGUGGGCACUUUGGAAGCGUUUAAAAGUCCCAAGUAUGAGAGUAGAAUGUCGCUAAUUCUGACUCUUGAUGGUGAUCAAGAUGAUAUUUCGAGGGCCGGGAAACUUUGUUUGCAGAAUUCAGUCAGCAAGGAAGAGUGGACCAGGAACAUGAACUUGCACAUGAAACACCAAAGACUGAUUCUGAAUGCUUUUGCUGGGAAUGUGGUUGCGCCAUCGGGCUCACAUACGAACCCAGAUACUGACGUACAAGGCUCUGGAGUGCUGUCUGUUGCCAAGCCAAAGAGAAUUAAGAAAUUGAGGAAAGGAAUUGUUGAGGAUGUAUCGCUCACUAAAAAGAUAGAUGACGAAAACCUGGAAGAUCAUGAUGGUGGAAUAUCUGUUCACGAAGUUAAGCCUGAAGUGCAUGAUUCUACGUUAAUGCGUGCAGUGAAUGGAAGCGGAAGUCGACGAGCUAGAACUCCUGAAGAUAAAGUUGACGAGCCAAAGCGUACAGAAACAUUCAUUCGGACGGAUUGGCGAAACAAAUCACGUGUCUCUUCUGAGUUUAAUCAGAGGAGGUCUUGGUCGACUUUUCCUCAACCAUGGUCGCGGAAAAAGCUAGUCGCACUGUCUUACAAUCAGAAUUUUGGUUUCACACCCGAAAGUUUAAAGUCGUGGCGGCCCGAAAGCUACCCAGCGACCAGAAAACUGCCUCUGGUUCCUGUUCAAUUGAAGCAGAGAAGAUUCAACUUAAAUGUGUCUGAUCAACUUCAAGAGACGCCAGCCGGUAUCGAGCCUAGUGACGACAACUUCAAGCGACGAAAGCAGGCUACCAAGCCUGCGUUCACGGAAGCUUUCGCUCGCAGUCGAUGA